AUAUAAUUAAUAAAUUAAACCAACAAAAUUAAUUAAGGCGUCUCCCAGUCCAUCGAUCUUCCUUUCCAAUCCGAUCCGAUUAAGAUUCGAUUCGAUUAAUGAAUCCUCUAAACAUCUCCAUGGAUCAAAACUUGAAGAGCUUUCCCCAUCCUCUCCUACGUCAUGGAGCGCCUCAACUCAUCCAGGUCCCCCUCCGACGGCGUCGAGCAGCAGCAGUGCGCAGCAGCAGCAGCAGCAGCAGCUGCGGCCCCAGUUCGACGUGCUGGAGCACAUGCCCACCUCGCCGACCCCUCCGUCCUCGCCGCCAUGAAGACCGCGGUCUCGGAGGUGGCCCGCACCCGGUCCGUCCUCCAGACCCUCGGGGACCGCCCCGACCACGAGGCCGUGGACAUCGCCGGGCUCGCAUGGCCCAGAUCGACGACGCGCCUCUACAGGAGAACGUGGGGCGACUCCAACCGGUCCCAGCGCCCCUCGGGCGUCGACGUGGUGAGCUGGAGGACGACGCUGGGAGACAGGGAGAGGGAGUGCAAGGCCAAGGCGGAGAAGGUGAAGACUCCCGUAAGGGCGGUGAUCGAGCUGGAAGAGAUGCACGAGGCGUACCGGGGCCUGCUCAGGGAGGCUGAGGAGAAGCUGAUGAGGAUCUACGACGCGCCACGACCUCUGUCGGCGAGGGGCUACGACCUCCUCCCCCACGAGGAGGCUACUCGGAGGUGGUGGUGGAGAAACCAGGAGGCCAACGAGGAGGCGAUCGCCAUCCUCACCCAGGCGUCGGCGCAGGCGGUGGACAGGGUCGGCCUCGCUGGGAGGAGGCUGAGGUUCUUGCCCGAGGCUUUUGGGAGGACGAAGGGUCUUGUUUCCCUCGACCUCUCUGACAAUCUGCUGCAGGCUAUUCCAGAUUCCAUAGCAGGUCUGGAGCAUCUGGAGGAGCUUCGUGUUUCUUCCAAUCUUUUACUCUCGUUGCCCGACUCCAUCGGGCUGCUGCAAAAUCUAAAGGUCCUCAAUGUAUCUGGUAACAAGCUCAAGGCAUUGCCUGAUAGCAUCUCAAAGUGCAGGUCCCUCGUGGAGCUAGACGCGAGUUACAACGAGCUUGCCUUUCUGCCAACCAACAUGGGGUAUGAAUUAGGGAACCUUCAAAAGCUGUGCGUUCAACUUAACAAACUCCGGUCCCUUCCUACGUCCGUCUGCGAAAUGAAGUCUCUGCGUCAUCUGGAUGCUCACUUUAAUGAACUCCGCGGUCUGCCCUAUGCUAUAGGGAAACUGUCGAGCCUCGAGUCCCUAAACGUGAGCAGCAACUUCAGCGAUCUGAAAGAGCUUCCCCCGACAUUCGGCGACCUAACCAACCUGAGAGAACUCGACCUCAGCAACAACCAGAUCCACGUUCUGCCUGAUGCGUUUGCUCGUCUCGAUAAGCUUACCAAGCUUAACUUGGAGCAGAACCCGUUGUCCGUUCCGCCGAUGGAGGUUGCAAGCCAAGGAGUCGACGCGGUGAAGGAGUACAUGGUGAAAAGGUGGCUCGACAUCUUGUUGGAGGAGCAGCAGAAGAAUCAGCUUCAGGAUGAGUCGCCGACGAAGGCCGGCUGGCUCACGCGCAGCACCUCGAUGUUGGGUACUUUGGUUUCUAACGUUUCCGGAUACCUGGGAGCUGGAGAUAAAUCCCCAAGAGAUCCCGCUCUCGAUCAGGAUCUGUGAUUUCGAUCGGAUUCGAUCUGAGAGCAAUUGCUGCGCGCGGUGUCCUUGGCAUGUACAGGUUUUCAUCAUACGUACAAGCAGUUUUUAAGGUUCAAUACGGUGCCAACAUUUAACUCUAGGUGUACGUUUUAUGUCCUUUUUUUGUCUUUCAAGUAAGCAUCAAGAGCUGCGGGUUCCCUUUGGAGGGUCACACGUCUCCUGGUACUUUUUAAGUUGUUAUUGUUAUUUUUUUUAAUCUUUUAUCCAAGAGAUGUUCACAAGAAUCAUCAUCAUUUUGGAGCGUUCGUUGUCACUAGUCUUGUAAUUUUUUUUUUUUUGCAGAAAGAAACUUGAUGUAUUUCUUUUGAAAUUAGUGAAUGGUUUUGUCUCAAGGGCCGCACAAGCAGCAAUGUGGAUACGUUGAGAUUCUUUUUCAUGAUUA